GCCUAAGAGGAGGUAUCUGCGUGCGCGCUCCCGUCGCCACGGUAAUGGCCAGUUGAGAAGGGAUCGAUCAGGGCAGCUUGGCAUCUGUUUCCUUGCUUCCUGCAUUUGUCGUUGUCAGCUUAAACAAAGCGUCUCCCAACGCAUGUGGGAGUGUUAGAUGUGCUCAGGGUUGCUUGCUUUGGAUAAACUACACUCACGCCGUUGACGAUCUUCAGUGGACGCAGGCUCCUCGAUGUGGGCCUCCUGCUGUAACUGGCUGUGUCUGGACACACAGCCCUUGGAGGAGGAGAGGAGGGGCAGCCAGCGGCAGGCCUACACCAACUCAGGGUUCAGAGCCUCCCCUCCGCGCCCUGCCCCGGAGCACACCUGCAAAGCCUGUGGGAGCCAGUUCAGCACCAUCUCCAGGAAGCACGUGUGCAUGGACUGUAAGAAGAGUUUCUGCGCUGGCUGCUCGGUGCAGCCUGCCCUGAGCCCCCGCAUGUGCCUCAGCUGCCAGCGGUGCCGCGGCACGGCGUUCUUGCGCACCGAGCUCAUGAAGCUCAAGGUGAAGGAGCUGCGGGACUACCUGCACCUGCACGAGGUCUCCACAGAGCUGUGCCGCGAGAAGGAGGACCUGGUGGAGCUGGUCCUGGGGCAGCACACUCCGCCCGCCAGCCAGGCGCCCAACCCCCCUGCCACCGGGGCCACCUUACAGGGGGGCCCUCACCCCUACACAGAGCCUGCUGCGGAGCCACUGGCUGAGGAAGGCCAGCAGAACCUGACUGCAGCGAUUCCUCCCAGCCAAGAGGGGGAGACACCUGCCGCUGGGAGUGGCGCAGAGGCACAGGAGCAGGAGGAGGGGGAGACACAGUCCUCAGAUACAGAGGAGCCCCUCCCCCCGGGCCGCCGCGCCUCGCUGUCCGAUCUCAAGGAGCUGGAGGACAUCGACGCUCUCACCGUGAGGCAGCUGAAGGAGAUUCUGGCACGCAACUUCGUCAACUACAAGGGCUGCUGUGAGAAGUGGGAGCUCAUGGAAAGGGUGACCAGGCUUUACAAUGAGCAGAAGGAGCUGCAGGACUUGGUUGCAAGUAAUGGAACUAACCGUGACACAGCUCCCCACCCUGGCUCAGAGGAGAACCUGUGUAAAAUCUGCAUGGACAGUCCCAUAGACUGCGUCCUCCUGGAGUGUGGACACAUGGUCACCUGCACCAAGUGCGGGAAGCGCAUGAGCGAGUGCCCCAUCUGCAGGCAGUACGUGGUCAGAGCGGUGCACGUCUUCAAGUCUUGAUAGUCAAAGAACAGCCGUGUCAGGACAGCCUUGAAGGAACCGGGAACACCAUCUAUCCAUCUAUCCAUUGAUCGAUCUAUCCAUCCAUCCGUCUAUCCAUCCACCAUCUAUCUAUCGAUCUAUCUACCUUUGAAAACCAAAUGCUUCUCUUCUUUUACAACUGCUUCCAUUGGAAAAAUACUGGGACUCGGAGGGAGUCUCCCUGUGAUGCGUCAGCAGGGAUUGAAACUGAUUCACUUCUCUGAACAAUCCUUCUUCACACCCCCAGAUUCUCAUGUUUUAAUGGAAGAGGAAACUCCCGGGCUGAACUUGCAAUCCAGAAUUUCUUCUCUUUUUUUUUUUUUUAAGCUCCUUGUCUUCCCUCGGUAGGGGAAGCCCAGGAUCAGUUUGGUUUCAGGAACAGAACUUUUGCAAUAAUGAGUGUUUUUUUAAAGACCAGUUUUUGGUUAGGCUACCCAGGUAUAACACAGAGGCGAUCCUUUAUUUUCUCUCUGUGUUACCUCCUUAAAUCAGGCAUGCUAUCUCCCAGCUGGCCUCGCCCUGAAACAUGUGCCUUGACAAAGACUGCUUAACAACACUAACAGGGAAUGUCUUAAUUCAGUAUCAGUAAAGGGGGGCACGAUCGUCCAGUCAUCCCCUUAAACUCCACAUUAGAAUCCAAACGAUGUUUAGUCAUUUCUUUCUUCUUCUUAGUUUAUUUGUAUUCGUUAUUUAAAGUAGCAGUCAUGGCUAGUCGUGAUCACAAUAUGUUCUGACUGCUAUUCAGAGGGUGGUUUUAAAAAGAUUUUGCAGGAUCAGAUACCAGAUAACCUUUGCAUUUUACAGUGUUUGCAUGCUUAAGCACAUAGUCUAACAGAAUGAAUUGCACAGUGUGCCUUACAGCAGGGAGAUCGCUGAUUGUGUCGGUGUGUCACUCGCUGAGCACGGGCGUUUCUGUGACAGAGUGCAGUAGAGAUUAAACUACAGAGGUCAUACAAAACAAAGCCCUCUCGGUGAGGAAGAAUGACAUACCGUUCCUGCAUCUCAGAAAAUAGAUCUAGAUCAUCUUGAAUAUUUAAAGGGUUCUUACUCAGGAUACAGCUCAAGAACUUUGUUUUAUUUCGUUUUUAUUAGUUUGUUUUGCUGCAAGUUAACUUUUUUCAGAACAACGCUUCAGCUGUGCAGGAUUGGAAUUUAAGGACAUACAUAACCCAAUUGGUAUGUGCCCUUACUGGCUCCAGGGAACCAACCGGUGCCUAUUUCUUCAUUCCAUUUCUAAUCCAGUAUCCUCUAUAGAGGCGCCACGUUUUCCUCAUCGCUCUCUCGGUGCUAAUGCACGUCUGAAUUGCAUUUGGAUCUGUUGAUUUUUCGUAAUUCAGCAAUUGCAAUGCUCCUGAACACAUGGUGUUGAGUUGAGCUGGGCUGGACCCCCAUGUGCCUCAGAAUACAAAUCUGGACUAUCUUGAGUAGAUAGUUUUGUUGUGUUUUCACAGGUGAGGCUAUUGGCUUCACGUAAGAUGCCUUCGAAGUGCGUGCCCUGAUGCUCGUAUGUGUGGAUCGAUCCAGCUUUUGUUUUUUAAACUGCUUUUCUAUAUAUGAGGGUGUAUGAAAAAUGGUCAAAAAACCAUCAGCAAACAAUUUCACUUUGAGAUGUACUCAUUAAGAAAGACUAUUGAUUCAUGAGAUGUAAAUGCUGACUUUGAGUCAUGUAUAUAAUGUAUAUAGAGGGGCAGAGCACACACAUGGCUGGUGUUUGCUAACACCAUCCAGCCAACCAUUUUAUUGAAAGGUUACAAUGGAGCUGAUGGUGAGUGUUUUCAGCCUGCAGUACCAGUGAUGCACAGAUGUGGAUGUACUCUACUCGGGGAGCCUGAAACUUAAUCCAGCUUUACUUUUACAUACUUGCCUAGCAGUAAAACUUCAGCAGGGAGUCAGCAAAACGUUCACUGGAUGGGUCGUUUCUGAUGUUAAAAAUCUCCACCAUCUAAUUACUGCUGGGGUGAUAACACAGUUUUCUUUUUCUGUAUAUUUUUAUGUACAGAUAUUCUUAUAAAAUACAUAGAAUCCAACACUGCAUAGUAGUUCAUUUUUUUUAGGAACAGCAGCCUAUACUAUAUAUAUAUCUAUAUAUAUAUAUAUAUA